AUGGCUCAGACGAUAUGUAACAGGCCAGCUCGCCAGGUUGUAGGAGCAACGACCACAGCCUCCCAUGCAACGAAGUCUGUAGCACAGAACAAAGGCCAGGAGCAACGCGGUGUCAACGUCCAAACAGUUCCCAAACCACUUUCUCUACGCCAGUCACAAGCACUCAGGCAGCAGCAGAGUCUCGCGUUUGCUCAGAUUAUGCUACAUGCUUCGUUUGGGACAUUAUUCUAUCUCAGAGAAUUCUUGCCAUUGUCGUGUUUCGGAGAACGGGAUCUUCUAAAUCUCAAGCGGCCAGAUUCUAACGUCUCCUACGAUGACUUCGUUGCCGGCGGUUCUAAUCCACCUGUUGAAGCUGGGAAACGUGGACAACCGUUAAAGAUUAUUCUACGAGACCGCAACGCAAAGGCUGAUGGCGUCUUGAAUCUACUUGAGCACGGCAUCUUUGACGCCCUGGAAAAGAAUGUCCUCGAGGCAGUUCAGCUUACAGUAUUUGUUGACAAGGAAAACCCAUCACACGUUCUAGAAAGCUACACGUUUUCUUUCAACUACACGCGGGGUGUACAUGAACUAAGCCGUGGGCUGGAAACAGUCUCACUCGAAACAACUGGACGCUCAACGGAGGUGAAAACUUUUCGAACCGCAAAGUUAGGCCUGGAGAUGAUAAUCCGCAGGCUCAUAACUUUAAGCACCUUUCUGCCCAUCUUGCCAAAUAAGAGGUUUCUAGAAAUACAUCUGUUCUAUACUCAAGAUUGCCCUAAGGAAUAUGAGCCUCAGGGAUUCAAAUCCACCACCCACGACCAUAUAGUAUACCCUAGAGAUGAUGUGUGGAAGAAGGAAACACAAUCGUGUGGUGUCAUGGAUUCUGGUUGUCACAGUGUUGGACUCAAGGUCACCGCUCUCAAAUGUUCCCGUGAAGAUGGCGAUGACGGCGAUGACAUAGGCGGGAGGCAGAUCCCAGACACCCUCGAGUAUACAGAAAGGACGGAGCGUGGGCAUGAAAUUGGGAUAGAGGAUGAAGGACCAUCCUCUCCGGUUAUGACAAAAGGCCAAGGCGAAAAUAGCUCGCAGGAAUCAGCUCAAGGACAAGAAUCAACGCAAACGCGCCAGGAUGCUAUAACGAAGAACAUGCUCCAGAAAAUGGUUCGGCUUGAACUGCCGUCUCCUGACAGCGAACUGAUACCCACGCAGGCAGCUUCCCACUUGAGCUCCAACCCGCCAAAAGCGGAUCCAAGCGUCAAGCCGUGCCUCAGCCAGAUCCAGAAAUCAAAGAUUAAGGAAAGAAUCAACCAUUCACAACUCACUCAACCAGUUACCGGCCAGGGUCCUCAAAACGGUAACGGUGAGGUUAGUUGUCAGUGUGGAUGGGGCGAGCCGGACAUGGAUAUGCUCAAAUGCGAUUUCUGCAAUACACGGCAGCAUCUAACGUGUUACGGCUUCCUACAUCCUAGCGACGAGAAGAUUCCCACCACCCACGCGUGCUACAAGUGUCUUUUGGGACCAGACGAAAGCAAAAUUUCGAGGCAAAUUGAAACUCUCGUUUUGCUUCGACAGGCGCUCAAGAUAAUUAUAGAAAAAGGUUACCCACUUCGAGUCAAGGACUUUUCUCAGAAGCUGCACUGCAGUGGAAACGAGGUUGUGCAGAUUACCGAACUUCUUAGGAAGAAUGGCUUCCUUCAACCAACGCCUGGGUCAAAACAGAGAGGAUUUGCGGAGAAAGGCCUUCCAAGGUUCCGUGUUCCAGACUCGGAAGAGACGAGGCGGCGACUAAGGCAGGAAAUAUUUAAUCCGCUAGCAAAAAUCUCGCAUCAUUAUAUGGUCCCAUCAACGCCUGACAGUCGACCGAACAACGCCACUUCCGUGGUAAACUCGACCAUGAAGGAUAUGAGUGGAAAGUCAGAAAAGGAAUUAGGCAAUCACACUGAUCUACAGGGAAAACCCCCCCUGGAUACCUAUAUCGUGCUAAACUCCGAGCCCAUUGUUAUCAGUGAAGAUGAAGAUAACGGCGGAAGCCAGCCUCAUGCAGCUGUGAGUAGUCAAGCUGCAACAAAAACUCGGCGCGUGUCGUCCAUGUCGAAUGGGGCCCAGGUUGCGCGGGAUAACGCGGCAAGCACUAGCCCGCCAUCAUCCCCUCCACACUCUCAAUAUUCACUGGCAUCUCGUGCACAAGAGCAGCUUAGGAGGCAACAAAGGGGCCGUGGCGAACGAAGCCACCCUCCAGUCUUUGCUGAUUCGCAAUUUGAAUCCUAUGACGAACCGGCGAAGGAGCAGCCGUACAAGCGGCGUAAGCUUAGCAAUGCGGCGUAUCCAAUUGAUAUUGGCGAUUCAACAAGCGAGGAGAGCUCUUGA